AUGGAACAAGUAUUCGAACAGAAAUUAAUGCAAGCGGCACAAGCUGUUGAAGAACAAGUUGAUGCUGAACUUAAUCGGUUAGAAAAAUUAACUGAAGAGGAUAUGGAAAAAAUACGUUCACAACGACUCGAAUCAUUGAAACAAGAACAUAAAAAACGUCAAGAAUGGAUGGCGAAUGGCCAUGGUGAAUAUGAAGAUUUACCCAGCGAAAAAGAAUUAUUUGACACAACAAAAAAAAGUGAACGCAUUGUUUGCCAUUUCUAUCGUGAUUCAACAAUGCGAUGCAAAAUUGUUGAUAAACAUUUGGACAUUUUAGCCCGUAAACAUAUUGAAGCAAAAUUUGUUAAAUUAAAUGUUGACCGUGCACCAUUUAUAACUGAACGUUUACAUAUAAAAACAUUACCAACCAUUGCCUUGUUAAUCGAUAAUAUAGUUAAAGAUAAAAUUAUUGGUUUUACUGAUUUAGGAAAUCAUGAUGAUUUUUCAACAGAAAUGCUCGAAUGGCGUUUAGGCCGAGGUGGUGCUAUUGAUUAUAAAGGAGAUUUAAGUUCACCACCAGAUGAUAACGACAAGAAAAAGAAGAUUAAUUUAUUGGGAAAAAAACCUAAAACAAUACGCAAUGGAAUGGGUGGUGAUGAUGACGACGAUGAUGAUUAG